AUUGGCGAUUAUAGGAGCACUGUAUAUUAGGAAAGGCAAUCACGCGCUGGAUUGGGAUCUGCAUUAGGUUAAAUCUGUUCAUUUCAUCUAUACGCUGAUAAGGCUUCAUACAUAAAAUUUUUAGGGAUUUAAUCUAUAAAGUAUUUUUACCAUAAAAAAGCAUAAAACAACAUCACGUGUAAAUAUUUAUUUUUUAGUUAGGGUGUAUUGAUAAAAUAAUUUCAAAAAAUGAAGAAGUUUGUAACAGUGUUGUUAUGUGCGCUUCAGGCGGCGUUUAUGUAUGCUCUACCUGAUUUACUAUCAUUGAACACGGAUUUUAAGGAUUUGAAUGUAUUGCGGCGGCAGACAAGAUCCGCAGAUGGAAAUAUAGGAUGUAUACAUAUGGAAAGUGUUAAAGGGGAAUUACAAUAUGUAUCCGACGGUUCAACAGAAGUAUGUGGCCUGUAUCUUAUAGGUCAACCAAACGAGGUUGUUGUUGUAGCAUUUCUAGAAUUCAACGUUAAUUGUGAAACCGGAGGUGUUUUGGCGACAUUAGACGGCUGGGAGCUCCAGGGUGACUUGUUCCCCAGUGAAAAUGACCACACCCUCAGUCUGGCAGAGAGGUAUCACAUGUACUGUGGAGAAACUAGGCCAAAGAAAAUAUUUAUAUCUUCACAAAACGUUGCCUUGAUACAGUUCAGACUCCCCAAUCCAGGCGAGGGAUUUAAAGUGUUCGUGAAUUUCAAAAAGAAUCCCCAACCCUGUAACGCAGUGGCCAUGUUUGAUAUGGGAACACUUACUAUGAAGAAUUACGGCUUACGUCGUAAUUGCACGACGUCUAUCAUCUACCCUGAGCAAAUUCACAUGUUGAACGUUGAUGUUGGUGUGACGUCAGAAACCAAACCUAUUGAAGCAGAAACCGGACUCAAAGAAACGUGCAUGAAUUACGCUGGUGGAGACUAUAUAGAAGUAUUGAAUGGUAAUGGUUUGGACCCAAGGUCAAUGGCAAUCAAAGGUACCUUAUGUGGAAUGGAUUCAAAUAGCGACGCUCCAGAAAAGUUUGUAUUAGGCUGCCAACAUUCUGUAGUAAGAAUGGUGUCCAGUGGCAUUUUCCACAACACUGUCACAUUCCAGUACUCACCUCCGAAAGAAGAGGAGAUUAAUGCCACCGAUAUGUGCUAAACAGCAAGGCGACACAAGUUAUCAACAACAUCUACUAGUAUGCCAUGUUAGAGCACCAAUUUCGUUACUUAUGUUUAAUAUCAAAGACAAAUAUUAUAGUGAAAGCUAUUUUUUUUUUCUUUUGCAAAAAUAUGCGAACAAACAUUUUCCAAUAACAAUUGCCUUGAACAUUACUGUCACAUUUGAUAAUAAUCAAAUAAAAGAGGAAAUAUACUCUAUUAAA